AUGCCCAAGGCCGUCAUUUUCGAUCUGGGCAAGGAGGUGCUGCUGGAGCUGUUUGGCCACGCUGCGCAGCCCACCGGCCUGCUGGACAAGUGGGGCGGGCGCUCGCUUGUCGAGCAGCUGGAGCGGGGCGCCCUCACCAACCAGCAGUUUUACGAAGCGGUGGUGGAGGCCAGCGGCCUGCAAGUUGAUUAUGCCACAUUUGCCCAGCUGUACGCCGACAUAUUCACCGCCAUCCCGCCCAUGAUUGCGCAGCAGCAGCUGCUUGCCAUCGAAGGGGUUCCCACCUACCUACUGUCCAACUGCAGCGGCCUGCACAUUGAUGACGUGCGGCGGCGCCACCCCUUCAUGGCCAGCUUCGCCGGGCUCUGCUUGAGCUAUGAAGUGUGCAGCUUCAAGCCAGACCCAGCUAUCUACGAGGCGGCAGAGCGCUUGGCGGGGCUGCAGGGAGCCGACCUCGCUUUCAUUGACGACCGAGCAGACAACGCAGCGGCGGCGGCGGCCCGCGGCUGGCAGGCCAUUCACCACACCAGCCCGCAGGGCACCCUGCGGCAGCUGCAGGCGCUGGGACUACCAGUGGUGGAGGCGUAG